AGCUGGGGGAGGGGUCAGAGCUCGUGACUCAGGGGCACCAGCCUGCGGUCAGUCGUUCAUCCCCAGCUGACCCAGACACAACCCAGGGGUCACCGGCCCUUGGACAAUCAAAGGCUUCUGCCAGGCAAACAGGGGUCCCUUGGGCCAGCCGGAGCUCCCUAGGGAGCCGUGCGUGCACCAGCCCCUAGCUGAAGGCUAGACUCCCCUCCCCCUGGUCUGCAGCUGCUCCUCCUGACAGAGGGAGGGGAAGUGGCCAGAAGGGGAAGUGUGAAUAGUUCCUGUCCAGUCUGCUGCCUGUCACCAGUCUCCUCGGGACGCAGGCCGUGGCUGCACCGUGGCCAUGGAUCCCCUGGAGACCCCUGUCAAGGACGGCCUCCUCUACCUGCAGCACAUCAAGUUCGGCAAGAAGUACUGGCGAAAGGUGUGGGCCCUGCUGUACGCAGGAAGUUCAUCAGGUGUGGCCCGACUGGAAAACUGGGAGGUCCGUGAUGGUGGCCAGGGCCUAGCAGGUGACAGAUCCACGGUGCCCAGUGGCCGGCGAGGAGAGCGGCGGGUCAUCCGCCUGGCCGACUGCGUGUCUGUGCUGCCAGCCGAUGGUGAGAGCUGCCCCCGGGACACGGAAGCCUUCCUGCUCACCACCACUGAACGGAGCCACCUGCUAGCCGCGCAGCAUCGCCAGGCAUGGAUAGCACCCAUCUGCCAGCUGGCCUUCCCGGGCACAGCCGAGAACACCUUGGGAUUGGGAUCCAGGGAGCCCCAGUCUCCUAUAGGAGGGAGCGUCCCCAUGGAGGAAAACGCCAUCUACUCCUCCUGGCAGGAAGUGGACGAGUUCCCAGUGUUGGUGCAGAGAAGCGAGGCUGCUGUCCGCUGCCAGCUGCAAGGCUCCUACCUCCUGGUGCUGGGCCAAGACGUCAUCCAGCUCAAAGGGGCUUCCAGUCCUCAGGUGCUCUACAGCUGGCCUUACCGCUUCCUGCGCAAAUUUGGCUCCGACAAGGGUAUAUUCUCCUUCGAGGCUGGCCGCCGCUGCAACUCCGGGGAGGGCCUCUUUGCCUUCAGCAGCCCGCGUGCCCCUGACCUGUGUAAGGCUGUGGCCGCCGCCAUUGCCCGCCAGCGGGAGCGGCUGCCAGAGCUGGCCAGGCCCCAGCCUUGCCCCCUGCCCAGGGCUACCUCCCUGCCCGCGUUGGAUGCCCCUGGAGAGCUUCGGGAGGUGCUGCCAGGACCCAAGCUUCCCUCCUCCAGGAGUGCUCACAUGGCUGACCCUGGGCCCCAGAGCCUGCCACUGCUACUAGACCCGGAGCCCGAGGACCCGGCCUCUCUGCUGUAUGCCUCAGUGUGCAAGCAACCCAGUGGGCUCCAGGGUGCCGUGGAACACCUCUACGAGAACGUCUGUGCACUAGAAGCUGGCCCUGGGCUGCUGGAUGAGGUCCCCAGCAUCGGUAGCCCCUCAGCCAGCUCCAUCUACCAUAACAGCGAAGACCUAAGCUGGCCCGGCCCCACCCAGGACGUCAGCCUGGAGGCCCAGUACCGCCGACUGCUGGAGCUGGAACUAGAUGAGGCGGAGGGUCCUGGCCGCCCUGGCACCCAGGCAGGCUUCAAAGCCAAGCUGGUGACACUGCUGAGUCGGGAGCGAAGGAAGGGCCCCGCGUCCUGUGAGCGGCCCUGAGUGGCCAUGGGAGGAGAGAGGAUCUGUGGACACAUGCCUGUAUCCACUCUGGCCUGCCUCAGGAAUGAGGCGGAGGCAGCUGGAGAGAGAGCCCUGCCCCUGCCCUUCCUGUCCCACCACUCCCCAGUGUACACUGAAUAGCCUGGCUGGCAAUAAAGUGAGUUCUCCUGGCUUCCGCCACAUGGCCUGUGGUCUAGCCACCUUACUUCCACUCCCAGUUGAGCAUUCCUGGAUCCCAGAAUGCCUGUGCCCUACCCAGACUCUGGGAAUGAGAUGAGCUGGGCCUGACCUCAGCCACCAGUAGCUCAGACCCACCUGGGCACCAGAAAGGGGAGCCAUAAU